CAUUUAAAUUCAUCAUAUUAUUCAAUCUCUUAACCUUUAACCAAGGCUCGUGAUUGGCUGUUCGCCAGUGAUGUCACACAUGUGCACGUGCUCCACAAACUCCGGAUGAAAGCCUGAGUUAGGGUCAACUUAAGAAAAUUGAUGAUCAGCAUCAUGGUACCAAAAAAGCCGGAUUGGAGUGGUUUGGUUUUGUUAACUCGAAACUCAUCCUGUAACUCUAACAUCUACCAUCAUGGUACAGGCCCCUGGGCUAAAGGAUGGUUGAUCAAAUGAUAAAUUAUGAAAAGUUGUUACAGUGCAUCAGAAAGGCAAAGAUGCGUUCCAGAGGGACUGCAGCCUAACUUAGAAAGUUACCGGGUGGCAUAGAAGAUCCUGAAGGAGAAUGGAGAGAGGUGUAUCUUUCUGUGGCUGGAAAGCGGUUAAAGACCGCAGUAAAUCUCUGUCCGAGAACCAGGAACCGAAGUCAGGCCGUAUGUAUACAAUGUUCCACGGCACACAUUUGACAUCCGCCAAAACCAUCAUCGAUAAAGGAUUUGAACCCUCUAAAAAUGGAAUGCUGGGCCCCGGGGUUUAUGUCAGUCGUAACAUUGACAAAGCCAAAUGUUACCCGCUUAAUACUGACAAGGAAGACAAAGUCGUUUUCAAACUGAGGGUGCGUGUGGGAAAAGUGAAGAAAAUAGACUGUGACAAUCAUCCUCUCCAGAAAUCGUGGCACAGCAACGGGUACGACUGCGCGUGGGUUCCACCAAACAGCAAAAUCUCCACCAUCAAGUCUGGUCGCGAGGAGGACUGCGUGUGGGACCCCGAGCGCAUCAGCGUGGUUGACGUGGCGUGCUGUGUGGAUGACGCUAAACGCAGGGAGCUUCGACGGAUGAUUCGCAAAAACACGAAAACCGAAGGCUGCGAUCUGUGCCAUCUCGACGCUUCUGAUGGCCAUGACAUUCAGCCGUGCUGGGUGUGCCAGGAGGACAUCUGCCCUUUUCAGGGAAAACACGUGUGUAAAAAGCAGAAGGUUUAGAGAAAGAGACACCAUGUAACUCUCACCCUGUAUCUUUCAGAUAAUGAACAUGAAAGGGUCCCCAUACCUCCGUGUUUCUGACAUCUGUUUUUGUAGCCCAUUUAAUUUAUGUAGACUAAAUGCUAAUUGUGUCAUUUAUCGCUCUGUUGUUUGUAAUCGUGUUAAGUUGCAAAUUUCAUUAUUUAAAAAUGUCAUUAUUUCACAUUAUGUUGGCUAAACUGAGACCUUUAAUGUUAUUAUGAUGAACUGAACUGUUAAACUGAUACACCAUUUUGAAUAUUUAUUGUCUCUGGUGUUUUAUUUUUCUGUGGUGCCACUUAAAUCACUAAAAAUCUGUUUUACACUUUGUUGCUCGUUUUUUG